AACCGUACGCGCAUUGUUCGUGUGUUUAUAGAAUUUCAAAGAGGCAGAAAGUUGUUUUUUUUUUUCUAUUGAAACAAAAACACAUGAAGACAAGUUUUCGGUUCGUUUUGUUGUUGAAGAAUGAAAAUAUUAAACAAAAACAAACACAAUUUCUAAGAAAUAAACAUCAAAUUAUAAAACUCCCUAAUAGUGGUUUAAACCGUGUAUUAUUGCCUACCAACUCUGCUUUAGCAACAUUGAUUUUUGGGCAUUUUUUCCAAAACCUUAUUGAAAAAUAACCGGGAAAUUAUUUUUGUUUUGUGCUGCUACCAAGAUUGAGUGCAGUUUUUUAUUUAUACUCUCUGUUGUGAGUUUGUACUAAGUGUAUGUGUGUGUGUAUGUGUGUGUGUGGGAAUUUCAAUGAAAACUGUGAUGAACGAAAACAAUGCGUAUUCUAUAUAAACGAUUACACUGCUAAAUUCAAUGCAAUAACAACAACAACAACAACAUCAACAACGAAAUGGUGGAAAGAUCAUUGAGAAUACUAGCAUAACUACUACCAUUGCGAUUACAGAGCAAAGCAGAGCGACGGCGGCGGCUGCCAGCAACUAUAAUCUCUACCACCAACAAUAGCAAUAGCAACAACAACAACGAUACACUCUUCUCUAUCACACGAAUAUCACCAUACCACCAACAACAACAGCGACUACGACCAACCUACCACACAGCCAGCUAGCUAGCCAUCCAUCGCCCAUCAUCAUCAUCAUCAUCAUCGUUGUCGUAGCGUAGUCGUCGUCGUCGUUGUCGUUGUCGUUAACAACAAAAACAACAACAUCAUCAUUUGGUGUGUGAAUGUGAACGAAAAUCAUUGUCGUUGUUGUUUAGUGUAACGUUAUUUGUUGAUUGCACGUUGACGGGUACUGUGCGUGCAACGCGUUAUCGGGUUUUUUCGGUUUUUCAAACACAACUCAGUGCAGCACUCGACACGAUACUCGAUGACAAAAGAUCUCGCCAAAAGAACUUUUCUGAAAACAAAAAUUUUACUUUUCCAAAAAGAUCAAGCAAAAGGGCAAAUAGAAAUCUAAAAGUGUUUAUGAAUGCAAGUAAAAUUGAAAAAGCAAAAACAAAAGAUGAUUGUAAUGAAGAAAAUUUGAAUUAAAAAAAAAAUUAAAAUUCUGUUACAACAAAAUCUUGCCCGCUUACUGGAAACAACAACACAAUACAAUACAAAGGGAGAUCUGAAGAAAAAAAAACCAAAUUAAUAAUGCAAAAUUUUUUCAAACAUUAUGUGCCGCAAACAAAAGUGUCUUAAAUUUUUUUUUGCUAAAAUAAAAACAAAGUGAUUUUUUUUAAAUAAAAAUAAAAUAAAUUAAGCACAAACUAAGAGCACAAAUUAAAAUCAAAAAAAAAACCAAAAUUUAAAAGAAAUCACAGCAAACCCUUUUUAACUCACAAAAGCUUGCCAAUUUAUUAAAUAAUAAUAAAUUAAAUAAAGUGUGAUAUAAAUAAAAAAAAAAAAAAUAAACAACAAAUACAAGUGUUAUCUAACGCCUAAAUAGUUCCAAAAAAUAUUUUAAAUUUCUGGAAAUAUAAAAAAAAAAUCAUAUAUUUUCAAAAUUCUUUAACAAAAGAUUCAAAUUGGAUUAAAACUUUGUAAAAUUUAUCGCAUUAAAAAUAAUUAAAACAUUAAGGAUUUAUAAAACAAAAACAAAUUUCCAAAUAUCCUGGAUUUCUACUCAAAAAAAAACUCACGCUUUGGAUUACUCUUCUUUGCUUCAAUGCCUCAGCAACAAACUCCAGAUUAAGAUAUCAAUAACAAAACGAAGAGACAUGUGCUACAGAUAGAUAGAAAUAGCUCUCUGUUACUGUUUACCUAACACACCCGCAUUUAUUUUUACACACUCGGGGGAGAUUCUGAAAAAGCAAAAUCUUAAGAACAUCGACCGGCCAAGCAUCUUUUGUGUGAGUUUUUUUCACCCAAAACCCCCUUUGACGCCCCAGGACCCUUUCGUCAGAUCCUGUUUUCGCUUUUUAGCUAUUAACCGAGAAAGCUUCAUAAGGGCUUGCUCGUUGGCAUCACACCACUUUAGUGUACUCUACUCCUCCUCCUCAGCCAAGUUGUCAAAAUAAACUGUGACCUAAUGACUAUGGCAGAAGGUACUGACCCUAUGGGGCAUCAUGCGGCAUCCCAUCACCAUCACCACCACCAUCAUCAGCAGCAGCACCAUCAUCAUCAUCAUCAAUAUCAGCAUGAGCAUUCGUUGGCGCAGCCACCCUCCCAUCAUUAUGCACCCUAUACCCAUUUGCCCUAUGGCCUGCCUCACAAUCUGCCAUUGGCACUGAGCCUGCAACAACAGGCGGCGGCGGCAGCAGCCGCUGCAGCUGCAGCUGCGACACUCAGCAGUGAGAGCAACAACAAUAAUGGCAGCAGCCAUAAUGUCAGCAAUGAGAGCAACACAACCAACAGCUCAACCUUGCCCUGGAAACAAAGGAAGCGAAAGCGCCUCUCAGCCGUUUUGGAUAAAUUGCAUCAUCACAAUAGCAGCAGCAGUAGCAGCAACAACAACAACAACAACAACAAUAAUCAUAGUGCUGGCAUCAACCAUAGCAUGGAUCUCGAUAAUGAAUAUCAGAAUUUGAUCGAUAAGGAUGAUCUUAAGAAAGAGGCUAACAACAAUGAGGAGGAUGAAGAUGAGCAGUUGGAUGGCAAUGGGGCGAAUGAUAUGAAAAUGUCUCCGCGCGAGCGUUCGAGUUGUAGCGGUGAUGAGGCUGAAUCGACUGAGGAUAUGUCCAUAGGCGGUGGGGAGGAUAAUGAGGAUAGUCCUAGGGUUAGCAUGAGCCCUAUUCCCAUGGAGGAUCAUAACAGCAGUCAUAAUAAUAAUAAUAACAAUAACAACAAAAAUAUUAAUAGUAACAACAACAACAACAACAACAAUAGUAUUGAGGUUGAUGUUGAUACGCCCCUGCCUGCAGCGAAAUUCAUUAAGACAGAAGAUACCCAAAAUCCUCUCACCGUGGAUAUCAAGACUGAGCCACCGCAUAUGACCAACAGCCCCUAUGAUCGCUAUUUCCCCAUACCAUCACCCCUCUUCGGCUAUUACUUGCACACCAAAUAUCUCAAUGAAGUAUUUCGCAGGAGACAGGAUCUCCAUACCUCGCCCAUGCAACACACCCCCUCCUCGAUAGCCUCAUCACAAAUGGAUGAGACCUCACCCUCGUCCAAGGAACUCAAGGAGUUUAGCAGCAAAUUGGAUAGAUCUCAUCAUCACCAUAAUCAUCAGACGACGACACCUGCCGCCGAAUUCAUGCCCGCUUCAAAUCUAUCGCCUCCACACAGUGUGACCAUGGCCUUGCCCUCGCCGCCACGCAGUGAGACCUCCAUAAGUGAGACCACAGCGGCCAAUACUUCAGAUCCAGCCAUAAUGCCGCCGCCUCAGGAGAGGCCUUUGGAUUUAUCGGUGCGUAGUGGGGGCAAUACCCCCACAGGAGAGAUACUAGCCAGCGGAGGCGGUGGCAGUGGUAAUGGCAGCGGUAGUUCUAAGAAGUACAAAUCACCUUCCCCCUUGCCAGCCACCACCAUGAUGUUGCCACCCAGCCAGCAACCGAUCUCAGCGUCCUUGUCACCCUCAAGCUCAUCGGCGGCGCACAACAACAGCAGUGGCUCCAACCACAGUUCGGGUAGUGCAAAUACCCCCACGGUUUCCUCAGCGCCUGUUUCGCCCUAUGGCCUGAGUCAUGCUGCCGCCGCCCAUGCAGCAGCUGCGGCCGCAGCAGCAGCCAUGAUUAAGCUGGAAAUGCCCAUGCAUCCUCUGCAUCAUCAUGCCCAUAACUCGACGGUGGGAGUGCCUGUCAUAAAGGGAGAUGUGGCCUCGCCCACCACCAAGGAAUCGGUGGCCUGGCGCUAUAAUCUGGAUGUCUCACCGGUGGUGGAGGAAAUGCCCCCUGGCUCUGAUGUGGCCUAUGUGUGUCCUGUCUGCGGCCAAAUGUUCUCGCUGCACGAUCGCCUGGCCAAGCAUAUGGCCUCCCGCCAUAAGUCGCGUAAUCCCUCGAACGACAUUGCCAAAGCCUAUUCGUGUGAGGUCUGCAAUCGCUCCUUUGCUCGCUCUGACAUGUUGACGCGUCACAUGCGUUUGCACACAGGCGUCAAGCCCUACACCUGCAAAGUUUGUGGCCAAGUAUUCUCACGCUCCGACCAUUUGUCCACCCAUCAGAGGACCCAUACCGGUGAGAAGCCCUACAAGUGUCCCCAAUGCCCCUAUGCAGCCUGCCGCAGAGACAUGAUUACCCGCCACAUGCGCACCCAUACCCGCUACGAAUCGCAACAACAACGUCAGGGUGGCCCUGGCAUGAGUCCCAUGGGCUCGGAGAAUAAGUCCACCAUACCGCUGCUGGCCGACAUGAAAAUGAAUAUUCCCAUGAUGCUGAAAAACGAAGACUACACACGGACCUCGCCCUUGAACAAUAGCAUUGGUGCUUCUUUGCCCAUAGUGGUGAAGACGGAGAGUGCCUAGUUAAGCGCCCACGGUCUGUGGUAUGUAAACUCGCAAAGCUUUCGUUAUCGGGAAAGCUUUUAUGCUUGCAAAUGAUAUUAGUGGAGAACAAGAGAAAGAUGUGAGAUUUUAGUUUAAGGACUUGUAAUUAUUAGGAUUAUUUUUUAAAAACAGCAGCCCACAAACUUGCCACAUUUAUUUUUUUUAUUUUGUAGGAAAACAAAAACAAAAAAACAACAUGUAGUAAAAGUUUAGUUUUAAGUUGUAAGGAGAAAUAUUUUUUUUUUAUUUUAAGAAAACAAUGUUUUUGUAAGAAAAAUUACUAGAAAGACACAAAUAAUCGAUAAUCUCUCUGCCAAGACUGAGUCUAAGUUUAAAGGAAUAUUAAAAACAAAUGACCCCCCAACUCCCCCAAAAAAAGAAAAAACAA